UGUUGUCCAUUAUCAUCUGCGUAACUGCUUUAGUAUUGUUAUUACUCCGAGGUUAGUGGUUAGUACUUAGUCAUUGAUUAUAAUGAUAAAUACACAAUAGUAAUAUUAUAAAUUUAGUACAAUAGAAUUCUGGUACCGAUAACGCUUAAGGAUAUAUUGUAUUCUCAGACUCCCUUAAAAAUGGAUAAAAAUGGAGCUAUGGAAUAUUUACAUGAAAAUGGUUCUUGUGAUGUAUCUACAUCUCAUUGUAGUACGCAGACUACGCAAAUAGAUGGAUUAAACCUGGCUUAUGACGCUGGAGACGCUUUUGGUUCAAUAUUUAAAAGCACACCUCGUCAAGGAGUUGGCAUUAGUUCAACAGAUAAAGAAGCAUGGUAUUAUAAUAUGAACCAUAAGUACCGUGGAAAAGCUAUUAUCUUUAACCAUGAAAAUUUCCAAGUCGGAGGCCUCAAAUCUAGAUCUGGUACUGGACUUGAUUGUUACAACUUAGAAGCAUCAUUGAAGAAGCUAGGAUUUGACGUUACACCUUAUGUAGAUUUGACGUUGGACGAACUCGACAAAACAGUUGAUCAUUGGGCUAAUGUAAAUUACUCCGAUUAUGAUUGUUUUUUAAUGGCUGUACUUUCUCAUGGUGAACAAGGCAUUAUAUAUGCCAAAGAUGCUCCAUAUAAGCCAGAAGAUAAACUUUGGGGAAGAUUUACGGGUGAUAAAUGUCUUACAUUAGCGAGUAAGCCAAAGCUUUUUUUCAUUCAGGCUUGCCAAGGUGAUCGAUUAGAUGGAGGUGUCAUGUUAAGAACUCAAGUCGAUGGUUGUACAACGUACAAGAUACCAGUGUAUGCUGAUUUUUUAAUCGCUUACUCGACAAUACCCGGUUAUUAUUCAUGGCGUAAUACUCAAAAAGGCUCUUGGUUUAUGCAAGCUCUUUGUGAAGCUUUGGACAGAUAUGGUUUUUCACUAGACCUUCUGACUCUAUUAACAUUUGUAAAUCGGCAAGUUUCUACUGAUUAUGAAUCCAAUGUCCCCGGCAAUUCGACAAUGCACCAACAAAAACAAAUUCCUUGUAUUACAUCUAUGUUGACUAGAUUAGUCAAAUUUGAAAGAAACGACUGAAUCUUUGUCUUAAAUAAUGUUUCUUAUAAAUUAACUUUACUUAACAUUCCCUAGCGUAAUAAGUUUAUUUUACAAGAACAAAACUUCAUAUUUGUACUCGUAAGUUUUUUUUUUUAAAUUAAUUAAAGCACAAGUUCAAUGGCGCAAGUCUGCAUUCUACUUAUAUUACAGCAGCAAAGUUUUCAAUCAAGUGCUAUUAUUUUUUUUUAAAUUAUUAUAUUAAGUUUUGAUCUUUUGCUAAUUAAAUGCUAUUGCCUUGGAAAUCUCCAUAUAACAACUAACUGAUGAAUCUCAUUGACAAAAUUGUCUACUUAAAGAGAGAUUUCUAUAGCUAUUGUACUUAUUUUGAUUUUUUUAAUUAUAACUUUUUUUAAUUAUAAUAGGUGUAUUUGUACACAUUGUAAAAGAUCUACUUUUUUUUGUAUUGGUCAAAUUAUUUGCUCAAGUCAUAGUUACUUAUUGUGUUAUCAAAUAAAUCAUUAACAUUUAUGAUUGCAAACGAAUUAAAUUUGUUUUGAUAUUUAUAUUUCAUAUUUAUAAAUAUGUAUAUUUCAAUUGAAUGCACAAAAUGUUCUGAUUUUGCACUUGUAGUGAUUGAAAAUCGGUAUUCUAACUAUAAUAUUACAUUACUGCCAUCAGUUACAAUAAACAACAAAACACAAUUUUAAUAUAAUAUAUUACUUGUACGAUAUAACAAUUAUUGAAAUCGUACCAUUGCUAAAUUUUCUAUUUAGUAUUGAUUGUAACUUGUUAACAUCGACAACAUUUUUGAUUAAUGCUGUUAAAUUAUUUUUGCAUAUACAUUUAUUCGGUGCAAAAUGAGGGUCAUUUGUGUUUUACUUUAAGAUGGAUUUGUAUGUUAAAAUUUUGAUCAACAUUAAAUAUAUUUUAUUAAUGCAAAUUACAAUUAGCUUACCAUUUCUAUAAUUGUUUGGAAGGACAAUUUAAUAAUUCUUAAAUUUAUCAAAUUAUUUUGUUCAUUCCAGCAUUGUUUAGUAUUAUCCAGUAGUUUAUUUAAAAGAAAGGAAUUUAAAAUUCUUGUUUAACAUAGUAUAUAUAAAAUCAUUUAUUUUGAGUGAAAAAUGUUUGAAUUGCUUAAUAUCUUAUUUUAAUACAAUUGAAGCUAUUAUAAAACCAAAAAUGUAAUUAUUAUUUAACAAGUACAUCUUUAUGAUAAUACCUAAGGAAAAAUGUUGAGCUACCGAAUUGUAUUUUCUUAAAACCUGAUUCGUUUGUUUAGUUAUUAGCUAAAAAAUGUAUUUACCAAAGAAGUAUUAUUUAUUAGAUUUUUUUCCUAAUUGACUAAUAAUUAAUAUUUUUUAAGAAAAAUAUGUUAAGUUAAAUAUUUAGAAUAAAUAAUUUAUUAUAUUUUUGAA